AUGGACAGAAGGACAGAGACGAAAAGAACGAGGGGCCAACGAGACUUCGAGAGAACUUGCAGUGACAAUGACGCACCAUGCCCCAAGACGAACGGUCACAAAAGACAGAAGCGAGACAAAGAUGGCAGAAAGCACGGACAAGAUGAACAGCAUCACGAUACCACCUUUAUCCCUCACGACAAGUAUCACAUCGGUUGGAUUUGUGCGCUGCCCGACGAGUUAGCCGCAGCUGAGGGCAUGUUGGACGACAUUCACGAGCGUUGUUAUCAACCCCGCAGUGAUACCAACACCUACACUCUAGGUACGAUUGUCGAACACCAUGUUGUCCUGGCGUGCCUCCCUGCACAGAGUUAUGGGACGAACAACGCGGCGGUUGUGGCGACGAACAUGCGACGAACAUUUGCGUCGAUACACUUUUGGCUGCUGGUUGGUACUGGUGGCGGCGCCCCAGGGAAAGUUGACAUAAGGCUCGGUGAUGUUGUUGUCAGUACUAAAGUUCUUCAGAUUGACCUUGGAAAGAUUGUGAGGAAUGGUCAGUUGCACCGGAUAGGUCUUCCUCGCACACCGUCCCAGGGCCUCAUGACAGCCGUCACUGCAUUACAAGCAAAGCACAAAAUAUCCCCAAGCCAAAUAUCCAAAUAUGUCGAUCAACUGAUGGAUCCUAAUCCGCGUAGGGCGAGAUUUGCCGAUCCCGGUGCCGAUUUGGAUCUGCUGUUUGACAGCAGCCACGAACAUAUACCUAAUAUGACGGAGAACUGUAGUCUCUGCAACAAGUCAAGACUCUUACGGCGGGAAGCACGCAGUAAUAGAGACCCAAUCGUUCACUACGGAACCAUAGCCUCUGCGAAUCAAGUUAUGAGGGACGCGAAAACAAGGGAUCUAUUGACUAAGGAACUUGGGGUUAUCUGUUUUGAAAUGGAGGCGGCGGGCUUGAUGGAAAGCUGCUCAAGCAUCGUUAUUCGCGGAAUUUCGGAUUAUGCAGACUCGCAUAAAAAUGAUCAGUGGCAAUCCUACGCUGCCGCUGCGGCGGCGGCAUACGCCAAAGAAUUCCUUUCAAUCAUACCGUUGACAGAGGAGUCGGAAGCAAAAGCCGAGGGAGUGAUGCAGAAAACACAACACACCACUGCACGUCGUUCUCGCAAUAACUCUUCAGGUGGACGUACAGCUCAACCUGCAUCGCAAAAAGUUCAUAGAAUCCGAGGUGUCAAAGCAGGCGAUGAUGCGAACCAGAUGAUUCUGUCAAAUGGCACCCCGUUACGUGUGGAGAAGGCAACUGUGCGUAACAGAGGACUGCAGCUCUUUGGAGACGUAUCGUUGCAGGAUGCUCUCAAAUUCUUGGACAGGAGAAAUGUUGCUGCCAGCGAGGAGGCGGCAGAGGAAACCAUCACGAGCUCAGCCGGCGGUUCGGCGACCAUUUGA